CCUUGAAACAUGACUUCUCCCAGCCACAAGGAUGCCUGGCAUCUUCAAACAGACUUUGUUUGCUUUAAUUUCGGCAUCAAGCUUUGCAUCUUUCAUCUUGGUCCUCGUUGCCAUGGGCACCCCAAAGUGGAUGGCGGGCAAAAUCCUCUGCAAGACCGGGGCGGAGCUGGUGAACGCCACGGACCCGGAGCUGGUCAAGUUUAUAGGGGAAAUUUACUACGGACUCUUUGGGGGCGGCAAAAUGCGGAAAUGCGGGCUGGGCGGGAGGCGUUCCAAAUUCACAAUAUUCCCACAUCUGGUGAAACAGCUGAACACGACUCUCCAUGUGUUCAUCCUCUUCUUCCUGUGCGCAGCCUUCUCUUUCGCCCUGGUCAGUUUGGGAUUCUGCAUCUUCAACAUCAUUAAAGUCCCCUACCGAGCUAUUCAAGGUCCAUCCGGCAUAGCCUUGUGGAACUUUUUUGCAGGGGGCUUUGCAGUGCUGGCAGUGACAAGCUUUAUGGCCGCAGUCAAACUCCACCAUCUGACUGAAAGGAUCGCCAAUUUCCGGGAGAACAUCUUCCAGUUUGUCAUCUUGGAAGAACAGUAUGAGGACUCUUUUUGGCUUUGUGUCGCAAGCGCAGCCGUCCAUGGGGUGAAUUUGCUCCUGGUGGCCCUCAGCGGGAUUCGCUUCCCUGCUCUGAAGACUAAGACAGAAGAAGCAAACAUUACAGCAGAAGUCAUCAUGUAUUAGCCGCAGAUCCUCCGGAGCUCGCCCCCGGGGGCCAGCGUUAGACUGGCAUGAUCCUGCCCCCUGCGCUAUUAGGAAGUGAGCAACAUUGGCAAGG